GGCCUCGGCCGACGGCCAGGGCGAGGAGCCCGCGCGUGCGCCUCGCCAGCGCAGCGCGGCCGCGGCCGGGGCGCCGCGGCGCCGGUCGCGGCAGCUGCGCCUGGAGGAGUGCAGCGCGGUCUGCCGCUCCCGCCGCUCCUUUAUGCACGCCACUGCGGCGGACGUCGCGCGGCUCGGGCGGCGGCUCGAGGCCGCGCGCCAGCGCGCCGGCGGCGCCCGGGAGGCGCUCGAGACGCUGCGGGUGCUGUCGGCCUGCACGUGCCACAUGAGCUGCGGGCGGCUGCUGGAGGCGCUGCAGCGCACCGGCGUGGGCAAGCCCUGCGCGCGGCUGUGCAAGCACCCGAACGAGGAGGUGGCGGGCUUCGCCGCGCGGCUGGUGGAGAACUGGCGGGGGCGCGCGGCGCGCGCCAGGGAGCAGGAGCUCGCGCGCGGCGGCCCCGAGCGCGCGAGAGGGGGCGGCGCAGCCGGCGACGGCGCGCCAGCGGUCCCCGCCGUCUUGAUAGCCUCGUCGCCCUCCGCCGCUGGCUCCUCGCCCUCCUCGUCGUCCUCGGCGUCGUCGUCGUCAUCGACGAGCCACUCGCCCCCGCCAGCUCGCGGCGGCGCCGCGCCGCCUGUCCCGAAGGGCUGCAGCGAGGGACGGGGGGCCGCCGCUGCUGGCGGUGGCCCCUCCGCGGCCUGCGCGGGCGCGGGCGCAAGCGCGGGGGGCCCGAUGACCCGGGGGCGCCUCAGGAGGCUCCGUUAUUGCCCGACUCGCCCCCGCCAGCGAAACAAAUAAUCUCCCCUCCUCCGUUUCCUGCGGACAUGCACGACGC